AUGCCAACAACGCUGGCUUGCCAUGUAAUAUCUGACUCAGCAAUCUCGCCUAAUCAGCUAAAGGGUGACCGGGUGUUAUCAUUCUCCUACUUAUGUCAAAAGCUCAAAACUUGGGGUGCCUCAAGUGGGUACUGUUUGUUUGGGUCGAGAUUGCAUAUUAAUGAUGACAUGUCUCACAUUUCAGAAUUCAAAAAAACUAUUGCUGAUAUGGAUUUGAAUGUUGAGUCUUCCAUUAGUACUGCACAGCUUAACACCGAUAUUGUUGUGGCCAAGGCAUAG